AUGUUUACCACAAAGUGUUCGGUUUUGUUAAUUUUACUUGCAAAUCACAUAUUGUCUUCGGGACAGCAGGAAGACAAGUUCUUCCGCGUCGACUAUCCGAAAUACAUACCGGAGACGGAUAGUUUUUACAAAGUGCACACUGUGCACCAGACCUGGGAGAAGGCGAAGGAGACCUGCGAGGCCGAAGGUGCAGUUCUCUACUACCCUGAUGAUGAGGAAGAGGCACUGGCCGUGUGGAACUAUAUCAACGCAACGCAAACUUUUUACUGGAUCUACAUCGGGGUAUCCUCACCUUAUGCGCCCCACGUUUUUAUAACAGUCGAAGGACACCCAAUAUCGAGUGUGUACGACAACUGGGGCGUCGGCGAGCCCAACGACCAGAGCGGCGUCGAAAGGUGCGUAGUGAUUCGGCGCGACGGGACGCUCAAUGACGACAAGUGCGACGUCAAAAACCCGUUUCUCUGCAAGAAGCGAGCUUCCACUAUCAACUGGAACAUUUUGUGCGACAUGCCGGACCAAAAAUACGAGUAUUACGACGGCUUGGGUAGAUGUUACAAGUUCCACACGACACCCAAGACUUGGUUGGAGGCGGUGCAGGUGUGCAACGCGGAGCAGUCGUACUUGGCCAUCAUCGACAGCCAGUUAGAAGCCGAUCAUUUCGUGAACUUGACGAGGAUCGCCAAAAAAGAUGAUGUGGAGGGUAGUUACCUCCGGGGAGCGGUGCACUUGGGAUUUACCAGGACGAACUCGCAGUGGAGGUCGAUAAAAGGCCGACCGGUGAAGGCACUCGGCUAUUGCAAAUGGGGUCACAACCAACCAGACGGCGGGGACAACGAGACGUGCGGUUCCAUGUUCUACAACGGCAAGCUAAACGACAUCAAUUGCGAACAGAAAUGCUUCUUCAUCUGCGAACGAGAGAUACCCAUACUCGGAUCUGCGAUAGAAAUGCGGUACGGAGAGACCAACAAGGGAUAG